UAAGGGGUUUUUACAUAAAACCACGAUGGUAUUGUUACAACAGUGACACCAAGCGAGCAAAGAUGCCGAAAGCCAUAGUUUCUUCACAGUUCACGGUCCUUGUCCACCACUGAACAACGUUACUGCUGACAAAGCCUAGUACUAUACAAUCAAAUAAAUGUAUUUCCCCUCAGAGUGCCUAACAUGUCAUGCCCAUCACAUGUUUGCCCAGGUUAUAGCCUCCUGUUGUCUGUUCAGAGACGCGUAAAGAUGAAAUGCAUAAAAUCUCGCUACGAUCUGAUUUAAAAUGUACAGUGUAACAAAGAAAACGAUGGUAAAGGGUGGUUGGGUACUUCAGCAGUCAGUUCUUCUCUCAGUCUGAUCCUCUCCAAGGGCGGGGCGGCGCUCUAUCAGUGUAAUGUUGUCAGCACGUGGAUAGUUGUGUCCCGGGCGGGCAGGGCGCGCGGUGUUUCGCUCGGGUGGAGAGAGCGCGAGGAUGCUGAGAGAGACGCCCGUGAGAGGACGAACAGGUCGCACAGAUGUAAGAGGCGGUGAUGGUUACUUCAAACUCACCACGGGAUGGGUCUUUUCUUCAAAGCCGCAAACAAAUGAGCCGUAAGAGGAAUUGCGCGGAAAAGAAAAAGAGGAGAACGGGAUUAAAAUAAUAACAUAAGGUAAGAAGAAACGGAGACGGACCUGCAAUUUACUUGUAGUGAAAUUAAAAAGAGAAUAUUCGCGAAGACGCGCGUGGACGAUUUAUUGGACAGCAGACCUUUUUCUAAAUCAAUAUGCAAAACUUAAGCUUUGCAAGCGAACUGAACACUUACAUCGACAUUGGUUUUACAUCCUCUGGGAAUUCUACAAGUCGCUAUUCUCCGGCCACCAUUAUAGGGCUCGCGGGGCUGGUGAGCUUCCUCAUCUUGUUUACAAUAGUGGGGAAUGUGCUGGUCGUUAUCGCCGUUUUAACGAGCAGAGCGCUCAAGCCACCACAAAACCUUUUUCUUGUGUCUCUGGCCAGUGCGGACAUUCUGGUGGCCACCCUGAUAAUCCCUUUCUCUCUGGCCAAUGAAUUAAUGGGCUACUGGUUUUUUGGGAAAGUUUGGUGUGAUAUAUAUCUAGCACUAGAUGUUCUUUUCUGCACAUCUUCUAUUGUUCACCUGUGUGCCAUAAGUCUGGACAGGUACUGGUCUGUAACACAGGCGGUCGAGUAUAACUUAAAGCGGACACCUCGCAGGGUAAAGGGCAUGAUUGUGGUGGUAUGGUUGAUCGCGGCUGUAAUCUCCUUCCCGCCGCUCAUCUCCAUGAACCGGAAUAACGAGGGUGACGGGAGCGAACCACAAUGCCAGCUGAAUGACCACACGUGGUACAUCCUGUACUCCAGCAUCGGGUCAUUCUUUGCCCCGUGUGUCAUCAUGAUCCUUGUUUACAUUCGAAUCUACCAGGUGGCUAAGACAAGAACCCGAAAUAUGUCUGAAAAGCGCCGCGAUCCGGAUGGAGGAUCAGGAACGCCACGUCUGGAGAACGGUUUGAGCCGUGAGGAUUCCAGGCGGGAAAAUGGGCACUGUGCCUCGCCGCCACCAGGGGAAUGCAAACCAGGCGAGGAUGACCCAGAUGCCGAACUGGAGGACAGCAGCUCGUCUGAUGAGAAGUCCAAACGGACACAAAACGAUACGGUCCCCUCAAGAAAAGACCGCCGAUCCAGCCGCAAGAACAGCUCCAGUUCCAAGCAUUCCAGCCGAAAAUCCCGAGCCAGCAGCAAGUCCCUAGACUUGUUUUCCUCCCGCAGAAAAAGGAGGAACACCAUUUCGAGAAAAAAAAUUUCCCAGGCACGAGAGAAGCGGUUCACUUUUGUGCUGGCGGUGGUCAUGGGGGUGUUCGUGGUCUGCUGGUUUCCGUUCUUCUUCAGUUACAGCCUACAUGGGAUCUGCCGGGAGCCCUGCACCAUCCAUGAGACCCUUUUCAAGUUUUUCUUCUGGAUCGGUUACUGCAACAGCUCCCUCAACCCCGUCAUCUACACCAUCUUCAACCAGGACUUCCGGAGAGCUUUUCAGAAGAUCCUGUGCAAGUCCUGGAAGAGAUCUUUUUAGAGAUCACUGGCAGCUAGUUUGCAGCAUCCAGUGCCAUUUACAGGUGAUUGACAAGGAAGAGAUGUUUUCAAAAACACCACUGCCUCUCUCUCUUUGCAUUGACAAUCUGUACACAACGACACUGAUUUUUGUUCUUACUUUGUUGUGUAAUGCUCUUCAUGAGUCUGUGAGGACUACAGAUGCUGGUCACAUAGGUGGUACCAAAAGCUAAAAUGAUUAAAAACAAACAAACAAACAAACAAAAAAAAACACACCUGAAUUGGGAAGCUCUGUACUGCAUUAGAAGAAACAGGCUUUUCUUUAUUAUGGCUGCAGGCACUCUGAAGUUAUCAAGAGAUAUUUUUAUGAUGAGUUUGCACAUAUGGCUUGUGUCAUUGUGACUAGAGAGCUAUGCAACAUGAAAGGCUGUCUCCUUAUGGUGACAAAAAAACAAACAAACUAAAAAAAAAAAAAAAAAAAAAAAGAUAAGUGAAAAAAAAAAUGUGUGCUGUUUCUUUCCAGCUGAGAGAUACAAAAUGGACACUUUUGGUAAGGGAGCAUGAGAAGGUUGUCACCAGAUGACAGAUGGAAGAAGAGUGUUGCCCUGAUGUGCUUGGGUAUUGUAUGGUUUGUCUUAAGGGUGCAAAGUCCUGACUGAUAUAACUGUCCUUCAGUGAAAUUAAUCACUGUACUGCUGCUCUCUAACAUGCCAUAAAAAAGUAUACAGAAGAGGUACUUACUGAACUAGACUUAAGAUACACUGUAAGUGGUUUUCAGUGAUGAUGAUAAAUAAUGAUACAUUUAUUUAUAUGCAGGAUUAAUUUAUCAGAUUAUAAACUAUUUAAGCUUUGUGGCUAUGCUUGUACAGUGUAUCAAAUUUGUUCAAAAUAUCAUAGUGAUAUAAUGCAAAGUAUGAUAUAUAAGGCUGUUGUUUUUUUCUUUUGGUUGUUUUUUGAUAUUACGAAACAUCUGUCUUUAUGGAUGUUGGGCUUCUCUCCUUUUCUAUUCCAUAUACUUGUGAUAUCUCCUUAAUGACUGACAGGUCAAUACAAGCACAGCUCAUGAUCAAACAAAAAUGAACAAAUAAAUGUAUUGUACUUCUCUUG